ACAGGUAAAAAGUGAAGGUCAAUUCCACUGGGCGGACUUCCUCACACGGCCUAAAAUAUGCUUCCUUUUUUUUGAACUGAAUUUUGAAAAUAAAGGAGCAAACCAGAAAAGCAGAAGAAAACCCAUCAUCUUCUCGCUCCCCCAUUUCUGGAGCUCCGCAACCAUUAAAGCUUCCUCAACGAUUGGCUCCCACUUGUAGAGAGACAAAAUAGCUAUACAUACGUUUAUAUAGAAUCAUAUACAGAGAGAGAAGGAGGAACUUGCAGGACGCAGGUCAACCACGUUGCGGGCUCCGUGCUUCAUGUGAAUUUCCGGUGCCUUAGAGAAGAUGCCAGAGCCAGCUGUGAAGCUAGAGAAUGAAAGUUUGAAUGGUAGGAAUCAUAGCGAAUAUGUUAGGUUGGGUAUAUCCGAUGAUCCAGUUGUAGCUGAAACUUAUACCUUUCAAACCCAAGCUGAAACAAAGUAUACGUCAGUCAUCUGGUGGAUCAAAGCCAUAUUAUGGUGCUCCAUAAGUGUAUUAAUUCUAUUCAUAAUCGUUAAAUGGGGAGUACCAUUUCUAUUUGUGAAGGUUCUCAUUCCAAUCAUGCAAUGGGAAGCCACUGCCUUUGGCCGUCCUGUUCUUGCACUAGUACUUGUUGCUUCUUUGGCAUUGUUUCCUGCACUCUUAAUUCCUUCUGGCCCUUCCAUGUGGCUAGCUGGAAUGAUAUUUGGAUACGGCAUUGGAUUCGUCAUAAUUAUGGUUGGAACUACCAUCGGCAUGAUUCUGCCAUACUUGAUUGGAUUACCCUUCCGUGACCGAAUUCAUCAAUGGUUAAUGAGAUGGCCUCAGAAAGCUGCAAUGAUUCGACUAGCAGGAGAAGGAAGCUGGUUCCAUCAAUUUAAAGUGGUAGCACUCUUUAGGAUUUCACCAUUUCCAUACCCAAUUUUCAACUACGCAAUAGUUGUGACAAGUAUGAGGUUUUGGCCCUAUUUCUGGGGAUCAGUUGCUGGAAUGGUUCCGGAAGCAUUCCUUUACAUCUAUAGUGGUCGGUUGAUGAGGACUUUUGCGGAUGUUCGAUAUGGCAACUACCAUUUGACUGCGGUGGAAAUCGUUUACAAUGUCAUUUCCUUGAUUGUAGCAAUUGUUACCACAGUUGCUUUCACCAUCUACACAAAGAGGGUGCUAGACAAACUCCAGAGUGCAAAAACCAACGGACAAGCCUCUGGUUCGGACCACAGCAACUUUGAGCUGGGGAAGCUUCCACUUGAAAGGCCCAAGCUUUUGGGUUUCUCAUCGUCCUUGUCAUAGCCUAUGUCCUCUAGGUUUGUUAGUGUGUAGAUAAUUGUAUAAGGGGGAUUGUUUUAGACCCCUUAUAUCUGUUAAUUACAGAAAAAAGAGAGUAAGAAAACACAGAUACUUUGUAGUACCAUACUUGAGAAAAGGGAUAUGCUUGUGGGCUCAGCUAGAUGCGAAGUCAUAUUACUAUAUGUUAUAUUGUACUGAUUCUACCGAAGGAACCAAGUGAAGUGCUCCACAAAUUGGUUAUAUUUGCUGAAGAUUUCUAGUA